AUGAACAAAUAUUUGCGUCUUUUACUUCUGGUCGCCGGCUUAGCUGCUAUUUCUUUUGCUCUGCCGUCGACUGUUUUAAAAUUCAGACCCCAACAAAAACAAGAUGAUAUCGUGAAAAUUUUGACAAAACAAUCAGGACACCUUGCCGGGACCCUCAAUCAGCCCAUCCAAUAUUUCAGGAAAUUGAGUAUUGUUCCCAACCCACGUCUCAUGAAAUUUGAAUGGUCAGAUUGUGGUAAUUCAUCUUCAAAAAUCAUUUUCAACAACAUCAGUGUGACUCCAGAUCCUAUAGUUUUGCCAGGCACUAUUUUGGUUUCGGUGAAUACUACAAUCAAUGAGGAUAUUACUGACAACCUUUCGGCUCAAGUUGUACUGAAGAGGAAAAUUGGUGCAUUUGACAUUAAUAUUCCUUGUAUAGAUAAUAUUGGAUCAUGUCAUUAUGAAAAUAUUUGCUCUCUUCUAAAUAAAGUACCAAAAUGUCCUGAGAUACUGAUUAAACGUAAUAUUCCAUGUCAUUGCCCCUUCAAACAGGGAAACUAUAUUUUGCCAUCUACUGGAUUCUUUAUUAAUGAUGACCCUGUGCCAGAAGGAGAUUAUACACUGAAAAUAGUUUUAAGUUACAAACAAAAGUUUAUUGGCUGCUUCAAGCUUGCUGCCAGUUUUUCAACAUAG